UGUCAGUCCAUAAUAUAAAAUGUAAUAUAAGCCGCGUCAUUGAUUCAUCUUAAUUUUGUCGUUUAUAAAAUCAAUAUUCGUCGACAAUAUUACUGUUUUCGUAUGAAAAAUGAAUAGUUACGUUUUUUUAAAUCAAUGUUCCAAAGAUUGAAAUUUAUUAUUCUUUGUGAGUAAUUGAUAUUUGGAAAUAAAAAGUGGAGUCAUCUGUUGUAAGACGAUUGUACUUUGGACAAAUGCAGUUACUUCCAAUCGAUUCUAAUAUCAUCAGUUUACCUGUAGAUUUACUAAUUUAAUGAUAAUAUAAACAUAAACUGUAGCCAACUUCAGCACUUUCAUUGGCGGAUUCGAACAUUCUGUUGCUUGCUAUUAUUGUGUAUCAAAGUGUGUGCCUAUUUAAUUAAAAAUUACAUAUUUAUAAUAUAAAUGUAUUAUUUGUACUUUUAUAUACAAAUGAUUUUACAAGAUUUUAUGUAAUGUAAAAUUGUUUGAUGAGAUUGUAGACAAAAGUAUGUCUAAUAAUCUGAAUUCAUAUUUUGAUUUGAAUAUAUUUGAUGAUGAUAAUUGGUCUAGUAAUACAUUAAUAGAAGCAAAUGUAGGAGUAUCACCUGAAUCUGUAAAUCCUAUUACUUCUAUGCUUUCAUUAGAUGAUACAUUGUUAACAAACAUUGAAGAUAAAGUUUGUGAUGAAAUUCAAGAUCUAAACUCCACUGAAGAUGAAGAAACAGAAAGUGCUUUUAAAACACAGUCAACUUCUAAUUUGUUACAAAUAUGUAGAAAACAGCCAUUUGAACAAGAAAUUAAGACGAUGAAAACAACUGAUUUAAUUAAAUCUUUAGAUAAAUCUUUGGAAGAUGAGAAUUUAUGGAAACAAAGCAGUUUAUUGGACAUGACAUUUAAUGAAUUUUAUAAUGUUGAUGAUAAAAUAGAUGAUACAAGUUCAAGUGAUAUAUUUGAUAUUGAUACUUCUAAGGAAGAAACUAAGUUAGAGGAUAAGAAAUCAAUUAUUGAUGAUAUUAAUAUAACAAAAAAAAUAUGCUUUGGUAAUGAAAAAUCUAUGAAAGAAACCAUAAAAUUUCAUAAAAAAACUGAUAAUGUUCAUUCUUUUUAUGGACUUCCGGUUGCAGUAAAACAAUUAAUUCAUAAGAUAAAAGGCUUUAAUACAUUAUAUAGUUGGCAGGAUGAAUGUUUGCAAUUAGAUGCUGUAAAAAACAGGAAAAAUUUAAUUUAUGCUCUUCCAACUAGUGGAGGUAAAACUUUAGUAGCAGAAAUUUUAAUGCUUAAAGAAAUUGUAUGCAAUAGAAAAAAUGUAAUUUUCAUUCUUCCAUUUGUUGCAAUAGUACAAGAAAAGAUCCAAGCAAUGACACCAUUUGCUAUAGAAUUAGGUUUUCUGGUGGAAGAAUAUGCUGCUGCAAAAGGUCAUUAUCCACCUAGAAAACGACGUAAAAAGAAUACUAUUUAUAUAUGUACAAUAGAGAAAGCAUUAGGAUUGAUUAAUAGUCUAAUAGAAUUAAAAAGACUGAAUGAAAUAGGCCUUUUGAUAGUUGAUGAAUUACAUUUACUUGGUGAAAGUAGUGGUCGAGGUGCUACAUUGGAAGGUCUUCUUACAAAAAUUAUGUAUAUUAAUGAAGAUAUACACAUAGUUGGAAUGAGUGCAACUAUAGGAAAUUUAGAAGAGGUAGCCCAGUUUUUAAAUGCAGAGUUAUAUACUGGAAACUUUCGACCUAUUAAAAUAGAGGAGUAUGUAAAAUGUCAAGAUAAUAUGUGGUUAAUUGAUAUACAUAAGGAAGAAUUAUUAACAGAUAUGAAAAAGAUAGAUUAUCCUUAUUCAAAAAAAGCUAUUGUGAUAGAUCCAGAUAAAAUUGGUGGUUUAGUUAUGGAUAUUGUACCAAAGGAUUCAUGUCUUAUAUUUUGUUCUAAUCGGAAAAAUUGUGAAAAUAUUGCUUUACUUAUGACCAAAGUAUUAUUCAGGUCCUUGGAAAAGCAUAAAAAGGCAGAAAAAGAAAAAUUGUUAAAUGCACUUAUAAAAGAAGAAGGUUUAUGUCCAAUUCUGAAACAAACAAUAAAAUUUGGUGUAGCUUAUCAUCAUUCUGGUCUUACAUCUGAAGAACGGAGAUUAUUAGAGGAUGCUUUUAGAGAACAAGUUCUUUGUGUAAUAUGUUGUACAUCAACUUUAGCAGCAGGUAUAAAUUUACCAGCAAGAAGAGUCAUAUUGAGAAGUCCAUAUGUUGGUAAUCAAUUUUUAAGUAUUAGUAAAUAUAAACAAAUGAUAGGAAGAGCUGGUCGUGCUGGGUUAGGGAAUAUUGGAGAAAGUAUACUUAUUUGUAGGAAUCAUGAACUUCCACAGGUCAAGGAACUUUUAAUGUCAAAAAUGGAUGAUUCAUUAAGCACUUUACAUAUAGAAAAAGAUAGAGGAAUAAAUAAUCUUAUACUAAGUGCUAUAUUAUUAUCUAUUGCAACAACUCGAUUUGAAUUAUAUGCUUUAAUUGCAAAGAGUUUACUUAGUGUUCAACAAAAACGUCUGAAUGUUAAUAUUAAACAAAUUAUGGACGAAACAAUACGUGUUCUAUUUAAAAAUGGUGUUUUAAAAAUUCAUAGAAUGGAUAAAUGUAAUGUUAUUAAAUCCAUAAGUAUUACUAUUCCAUCUCAAGAAACCAUAUGUAUAGAAGAGUCUGAAGUGGCAAAUAAAAAGCAAAUAAUAGCCCUCACAUCUAAAACUAAAUUAGAGCUUUGUGAUUUAGGACGUGCUGCUAUAAAAGCUGGUAUAGAUUUGCAAUCUGCAUAUGAAUUAUAUGAAGAUCUAAAAAUAGCACAAAAACAUUUAAUUUUAACUGAUUAUCUUCAUCUUCUAUAUUUGAUGACUCCUUAUAAUAUGAUAAAUCAAAUACAACCAAUAGGAUCUGUGUAUUAUGAUGCAAUAAUAAGAUUAUCAGAAGUUCAAAUGGAAAUUGUAAGACUUAUAGGAAUAAACGAAUCUGUAAUAAGUAAAUUACAUUGUGGAAUAAUAUCAAACAAUGUAAAUCUUAAAGUACUUCAGAGAUUUUAUGUGACUUUAAUGAUUUAUGAAUUAUGGAAUCAUCAUACAAUUCAUUCUGUAGCUGAAAAAUAUCAAGUAAACAAAGGAAUUAUACAAAAUUUAUUGAACACAGUAUCGUCUUUUUCUUUUUCUGUUGUUAGAUUUUGUCAGGAGUUUGAUGAAUUUUGGGCAUUUCGAGAUUUAUUAAAUACUUUUAGUAAAAAGUUGUCUUAUUGUUGUCCUUCAGAAUUGGAAAUAUUGUUGGAACUUCCAACAGUGAAAAUGGGUAGAGCAUAUCAAUUAUACAAUGCUGGGUACAGAACUUUGCAAUCUAUAGCUAAGGCAAACCCAUAUGAAAUGCAAGAAAAAAUACAGUAUCUUACGAAACGAACUGCCAUACAAAUUAUUACUGCUGCUAACCUUCUAGUUUUAGAAAGAGUAGAAAAUUUAAAAGACGAAGUGGAAAACAUUUUGGAAGAUAUAGAUCUGAGUAAUAUAAAAAUAUUUUAAAGUGCAUUCUAUAAAUUAAAAAUUAUGUAUGUUUAUACAAAUUAUUAAGAUCAUAUUUUUUUCUAUUUUUGUUAAAUAUAAUAUGUAUAUAUGUAAAUUGUUAUUACAACGAAUUAUUCUAUAGUUAUAAUAAUUUUUUACAUAUGCUCAUUGUGCCAAGACGAAUAAUUUUAUAUAUUUUUACAUAAUUUACAUGUUAUAUUAAUUUAUAAAUUGUGUCGUAUAGAACAAUGUGCUGUAAGAUAAGUACUUUGUUUAAGCCGGCACGUACAUUAAUCAUCCAUAUCAAGUUAAAUGUUUUACUUCAAGAAAAGUAAACAUUGAGCAAUAUUAGUUUAUGGAACAAGUUUUUGUUACUUGCUAGUAUUUUGACUUUUUUAAAAAUAUUUGUGUUAUAAAAAAAUAAAUAAAAGGGAGACUUUUUAAUUGUUUUCUUAAAAAAAAAAUAUUUACAUAUUAUUAUACUUCAUUUAUUCAUCUCUUUUUGUAUAAACACGACUUUAAAGUAAUCGUUGGCAGUUUAUUUCUAUUAGUAGUAAUAUCUUUUACUUUUUUAAAAUCCAAAAAGUAAAAUAAAUUUUGAGAUAAAUCUUUCCAUGUAUUCACAAAACCAUAAUCAUUUAAAAGUUUAAUAAAGUUUUCUAUAUGCUCAAAUCGACUUUCGAUUUCAGCAAUUUUCAAAAUACCACUGAAAUAGAAAUAACACAUAAUAUGUAAUUGUAUUAUAUAAGUUAUAAUAUUUUAUUAAUGUUACUUACUCCUUUUUAAGAACUCUAUUUGCUUCUAAUAUAUAAUCACCAAGAUUUGUUCCCAUUAAAGAUAAACAGAACACAACAAUGUGUACACUGUUUGUUAAGAGUGGUGUAUGGGACAUGUCACAUGCUUCUACUCUUUCAUUUACAGAAAUUAAAUCGAAUGAAUGUGUUUUUUGUUGAAUCGAUGCUGCAAGCAUUGCUUCUCCGCAUCCAAAAUCAGCUAUUAUAUAAUCAUUAGGCCUGUAAUUAAAUAUAUUUUAAUAUAUUUUUGAUGUAAAUAAAAUUCAUAUUCUCUUUU